AGUCUCUGGGCGACAGAGUGAGACUCCAUCUCAAAAAAAAAAGUAUAACCACUGGGCUAUUUAAAGAGCAAUUCUAUACAAAUAAAGUAAAAUCUGAGGUAUUCUGCUUUGUGGAGUAAUAUAACAUCUAAUGUACAAACAAAAUCUUUAUUUUCCCCUAAUUUAGAGGCAACUUGCCAGACAAAUUACUAUAUUCUAAGGUCUGUAAUCUCAACAAAUCUCGCCUUAUGUUGAAAUAAGAAUAACUUAGCUGCAUAUCCUCUAUCCAAGUUGAAUAGACUAAAAUACUGGUGUUGCCAGAUAUUAAAGAAGAUGCAUUAUUUUAAUACCUUCAUCGUAACUGUUGUUGGUGAAAUCGGUCUGAUUCUAGGUUUGGGAAUUAAUCCUCUUGAGUUUCUUUUGCUAAAAAGCAGUAUUUUGCUAGCUGAAGAUCACCUUUCACUUUUAUAAAGCAUUUUACCAAAUGUGCUUUUCUAUUUCAGCGAGACCAGGCAGAAUUUUCUCCAUGGAUUAUAGGCAAAUUUUCAGGAAGAGAAAAUAGACAUUCUUCUCUGGAGGAUUUUCUCUGACCAAAGUGGCAUCACAGAAUAGAUAUCCUUAAUAAGAAUUGACGAAUAGGAAAACAUUUGACAUAGAUGUUAUCAUGCCAAGGAGAGUGCCGUGGUGUGUUUUUGGCCACCCUUAGUGUGAAGUACUAGUUUUAAUAGCUAAUCAAAUAAUUGUAGGAUAAAUUAUUUUAUGCUAGGCCAAAAAGAAGGUGAUUCAAAAGAACCUAACCAUUAGUUUUGUUUGGGAAACGCUGGUAACUAAAAAACCAUAAAUGUUAAUGUCUCAUUCCUCUCUCCUUCAUUGGUAGUGUGGGCAACCCAAAGAAAAUGACCCUGUUUUUCAGAUGUUUCCACUAAUUGUUUGGGAAAACAUAAUUGUUUCCCAUUUGUUCUUCUGGGAACAAAAAAAAAUGGAGCUGUCGUUCUUCAAACUGUGUAAAUGGUCAAAUUGCGUUUUUGUUUUUUAAACAGUCUUGUUUCCUGAGCUGAGAAUGCAUUACCAGACUUACCCUGCAGUAUGUUUUGUCUGCUAAAUUAAAGCAAAUCAAAACAAAACAACAGCAAAAAGCCCACCAUAACCUGCAUGUAGGUUUUUAGCAGUAAGGAAUUACCUGUGACAGAUGCUUAGCCAUUGUCAUGUGAACAACUUUGUUGUAAUAAACAUAAACAAGAGUUGCAUGGGGGAACCAUGGGAACUGAUUGAUCAGACUUUAAGAAGAGCCAUUAUACCGUAAGCAUCAGGACUGUUUAGGGAGUGUCGGUUCAGGAUGUUGGAAAGCUCAGUGUGUGAUGGCUGUGGAGGGUCUGAGGCUGCUGCUACUCCCGGAUACCUGAUGCCAGGUUUUAUAGCAGCUUACGUUUUAGUUACAGUGUCUUUCUCUUGAUGUCUUUCUUGUUACCUAUUUUCCUAAAUAAUUUUUUUCAAUAAGGUCUUGAGCAGUACUGGCAAGCAUAAAAAUGGCUUUUGCAUGUAUUUUAUGGAAUGUACGUAAUUAGCCUUACCUUCUACUUGUGUUCAUAAGCCAUGUGAAUAAACUCAGGUCCUACUUGUAGAACUUUAUUGCUUGAGAUCUGACUUUGCAAUUGCAAUUUUCUCCAUGCUCUUGAAUUGAAGAAGAUAUUAAGUGGGACCCCUGGAAAUCAGAAACAGGUUAAACAUAAGCCUAAUCAAAGUCCCAAGAUUAUUCGAAAGAUGGUUUGUUUUGUUUUAAGGGCAAGGUUGUUGUGUUUGUUCUUUGGGGGCUCUCUGAAGUGAGACUGAUGAUCUUAGGGUGUCAGUAUUCAUCGUUCUUAGGGUGUCAGUAUUCAUCGUUCUUGUUUCCUUUCAGUUAGUGUUGGAAAUUUAUUAACCAGGUUGAGUAAAAUAUGAAUCCUGCCCUAAGGGCUUUCCUGCUUAGUGGAAAAGCUGUGAUUUAUAAAGACACAGUGUAAUGAAAUAAAGUGAUAAUGAAAAGCCUUGGGCAGACUGGCUGUGUAAUGUAUUUUAGGCAAUUUACACAGGUUGGUUUAAUUAUUAUUAUUUUUGUUCUUGUCAGAAUUGUCCUUUCUAAUAGUAGGAUCUCUCAGACUAUCCUUGCUGCUGGUGAAAAUAGGCUCCAGUUUUUUCUUAAAGUCCAAACCAUUCCUUUAAAGGCUAACAGAUGUUUACUCUCCACUUCAGUCAGUGAAAGGUGAUAUUUAAGUAUAGUCUUAACUAGUUACUUUCCUCUUUGCCUUUAAAUACCACAUUAAGUGCAAGUAUAUAUGCAUCCCUGUGGGUUUUUGACCAAAGCACACACCCAUACCCCUUCCUGCCUCCCUGGAACUGGUUCAAGAUUUGGAGAGAAGAGUUUGCUUGUGGGUGUUUCCCUUGUCUUAUCUCUAAGUGAGCAUAUGCUAGGGUUGAAUUUAUUUUGAUCCUUUCAUUUUAAAUUUGGAACCGAAGUAAGAGUUUAAAGUGCAACAGAAGAGAGUCUGCUGAACUUUAGACAUGAGGGAUCCAGGGAGGAAGAGCCUGGCCCAACUAGAGAAUCUGUGCAAACAGCUGUAUGAAACCACAGACACAACCACUCGACUCCAGGCAGAGAAAGCCUUGGUUGAAUUUACCAACAGCCCCGAUUGCCUGAGCAAGUGCCAGCUACUCCUCGAAAGAGGAAGUUCCUCUUACUCCCAGUUACUGGCAGCUACAUGCCUUACCAAGCUUGUAUCACGCACAAACAACCCCUUACCAUUGGAACAGCGAAUAGAUAUUCGGAACUAUGUGCUCAACUACCUUGCCACUCGGCCAAAGUUGGCUACUUUCGUGACACAAGCACUUAUUCAGUUAUAUGCCAGAAUCACAAAACUGGGCUGGUUUGACUGUCAGAAGGAUGACUAUGUGUUCAGAAAUGCAAUCACAGAUGUCACAAGGUUUUUACAGGAUAGUGUUGAAUACUGCAUCAUUGGUGUCACAAUUUUAUCUCAGCUAACCAAUGAAAUUAAUCAAGCAGACACCACCCAUCCUUUAACCAAGCACAGAAAAAUAGCCUCUUCUUUUCGCGAUUCAUCAUUAUUUGAUAUCUUCACACUUUCCUGCAAUUUACUAAAACAGGCUUCAGGAAAGAAUCUAAACUUGAAUGAUGAAAGUCAGCAUGGCUUGCUCAUGCAACUGCUCAAGCUCACUCAUAACUGCCUCAACUUUGACUUCAUCGGCACUUCCACUGAUGAGUCUUCAGACGACCUGUGUACAGUGCAGAUUCCCACCAGCUGGAGAUCAGCAUUCUUAGAUUCUUCAACCCUGCAGCUGUUUUUUGACCUGUAUCAUUCCAUCCCUCCUUCAUUUUCACCUCUGGUGUUAUCCUGCUUGGUACAGAUUGCCUCAGUCAGAAGAUCCCUGUUUAACAAUGCAGAGAGGGCCAAGUUUCUCUCUCAUCUUGUUGAUGGUGUUAAACGAAUACUGGAAAACCCACAAAGUUUAUCAGACCCAAACAAUUACCAUGAGUUUUGCAGACUACUGGCCCGAUUGAAGAGUAACUAUCAACUGGGAGAACUGGUAAAGGUGGAAAACUACCCUGAGGUCAUCCGAUUGAUAGCCAACUUCACAGUGACCAGCCUACAGCACUGGGAAUUUGCUCCAAAUAGUGUGCACUAUCUUCUGAGCCUGUGGCAGCGUCUGGCAGCCUCUGUGCCGUAUGUCAAAGCCACAGAGCCUCACAUGCUGGAAACUUACACUCCUGAGGUCACCAAAGCCUACAUCACAUCCCGGUUGGAAUCUGUGCACAUCAUACUGAGAGAUGGCCUGGAAGAUCCUCUGGAGGAUACGGGGCUGGUCCAGCAGCAGUUGGACCAGCUGUCCACCAUUGGGCGUUGUGAGUAUGAGAAGACCUGUGCACUCCUCGUGCAGUUGUUUGACCAGUCGGCCCAGUCGUACCAGGAGCUGCUACAGAGCGCCAGCGCAAGCCCAAUGGACAUUGCAGUGCAGGAGGGAAGGCUGACAUGGCUGGUUUACAUUAUUGGAGCAGUGAUCGGUGGCCGGGUUUCUUUUGCCAGCACUGAUGAGCAAGACGCCAUGGAUGGUGAGCUUGUCUGUCGGGUACUCCAGCUGAUGAACCUAACAGAUUCUCGUUUGGCCCAGGCGGGUAAUGAGAAGCUAGAGUUGGCCAUGCUGAGCUUUUUUGAACAGUUUCGUAAGAUCUACAUUGGGGACCAAGUGCAGAAAUCCUCUAAGCUGUACCGCCGACUCUCAGAAGUUCUGGGCUUGAAUGAUGAGACCAUGGUCCUAAGCGUCUUCAUAGGAAAAAUCAUCACCAACUUGAAGUACUGGGGCCGCUGUGAACCAAUCACCUCCAAGACACUACAGCUUCUCAAUGACCUCUCCAUUGGGUACAGUAGUGUAAGGAAGCUAGUGAAGCUUAGUGCGGUACAGUUCAUGCUGAACAAUCACACGAGCGAGCACUUUUCAUUUUUGGGUAUUAACAAUCAGUCCAACCUGACAGACAUGCGGUGUCGAACUACCUUCUACACAGCACUGGGGCGUCUCCUCAUGGUGGAUUUAGGAGAGGAUGAAGAUCAGUAUGAGCAGUUCAUGCUGCCACUCACAGCAGCGUUUGAGGCUGUGGCCCAGAUGUUUAGCACCAAUAGUUUCAACGAGCAGGAGGCAAAGCGAACUCUAGUUGGCCUAGUAAGAGACCUGAGAGGGAUCGCUUUCGCUUUCAAUGCCAAGACCAGCUUCAUGAUGCUCUUUGAAUGGAUAUAUCCAUCCUAUAUGCCAAUUCUCCAACGGGCAAUUGAGCUCUGGUACCAUGAUCCAGCCUGUACUACACCUGUACUCAAGUUGAUGGCUGAGUUAGUUCAUAAUAGAUCCCAGCGACUCCAGUUUGAUGUCUCUUCCCCCAAUGGUUUUUUUCUCUUCCGAGAAACCAGCAAGAUGAUAACAAUGUAUGGCAAUCGCAUCCUGACACUAGGAGAGGUCCCAAAGGAUCAGGUCUAUGCUCUGAAGCUCAAGGGCAUCUCCAUCUGCUUCUCCUUUUUUUAGGCUGCUCUCAGUGGGAGUUACGUCAAUUUUGGAGUCUUUCGUCUCUUUUUUUAUGAUGCCCUGGACAAUGCUCUGCAGACCUUCAUCAAGCUGCUCCUCUUUUUUUCCCACAGUGAUCUCUUGGAUUACCCCAAGCUCAUUUUUUUUUAUUAUUCACUACUGGAAGUCCUGACCCAGGACCAUAUGAACUUUAUUUUUUUCCUGGAACCUCGUGUCAUCAUGUAUAUUCUCUCUUCCAUUUCUGAAGGACUUACUGCACUUGACACCAUGGUAUGCACAGGCUGCUGUUUUUUUCUGGACCAUAUUGUAACAUACCUCUUCAAGCAGCUAUCACGUAGCACUUUUUUUAGGACCACACCCCUGAACCAGGAGAGCGACCGCUUUCUGCACAUCAUGCAGCAGCAUCCAGAGAUGAUCCAGCAGAUUUUUUUCACGGUGCUGAACAUCAUCAUCUUUGAAGACUGUAGGAACCAGUGGUUUUUUUUCCGACCACUACUUGGCUUGAUAUUGCUUAAUGAAAAGUAUUUUUUUUUUUUAAGGAACAGUAUCGUGAACAGCCAGCCACCAGAGAAGCAGCAGGCCAUUUUUUUGUGUUUUGAGAACCUGAUGGAAGGCAUUGAGCGAAAUCUUCUUACGAAAAACAGAGACAGGUUCACCCAGAACCUGUCAGCAUUCCGUCGAGAAGUCAACGUUUUUUUGAAGAAUUCCACUUAUGGCGUGAAUAGCAAUGACAUGAUGAGCUGACACCUCCUUGGACUCUACCUGUACAGAGCAGCGUCCCUUUGGUUUGGCCCAGAGGUUUUUUUAAUUGCAAGGGAGAGGGCCUGGCUGAUCCUGGCUCUUUUCUCCAGGGGUGUGGGGAAAAUGGCAAAGGUCAACUAGCUACAUCCCCAGGGAAUAGGGGUGUUUUUUUUCUCACUAGGGGGCAGGGCGCUGCUGGUUCCUGGGGGACUGGGUGGGAAGGGUGGUGGGAGGAGAUAAGAGACACAAACUGAGACUCCAGCCUCUCUUCCUGGGGCCACCCAAGGGGGGAGAACCCCUAGUGUCCUGCCACAACCUGCCUUGUAUAUUUUUUUACAUUUUUUCAUAACAUUUUGAACAAGGUUUAUAUUGACUCAAGUUUUUUUUUUAAAAGUGUGACUGAAAAAUUUUUACAGAGUCUAGUGCACCAAUGCUGUUUUUUUGGGUUGUGUAUGCGAGUGAAGAAAAUGUGUAUUCUGGUGGCCUGAAGCUUUACUGGACAAGGAUGUGUGAGAGUGCAGAGAUAUAUUUAGUGACACAGUAGUUUUUUUAAAAAAAAAAAAAAGCUAAAAUUCCAAAUGUAUAUUUUUUCGUAUUGUUUUUUUCUCACCCAGAAAUAUCACUUCCUGUUACUGUAUUAACCCUUGUUAUUUUUUUUUCUAAGCCAUGCCAGAACACCGUCCCUCCCCUUGGACCACAUAGAUUCUGCCCUGGGUCCCUAGCCCCUUGCAGUGAUAAAUAACUCCAGCUAAAAGUGUUUUUUUUUUUUAUCUCCAUCCUCUUUCCUACUUUGCUUACCCUCAUCCUCAGACAGUUUUUUUUUGCUUUUAAAAGUUGGAUUUAACGACGUGUUGUAGGGUUCUUGGUCUUUUUUUAGGUAGAGACCAGAGAGAAGGAAGUGAGCCCACUGCUCUCCUGUGGAGCAAUGUGGGUGAGUCCACCAGAGGCCCUGCUGUGUGUGGCCAAUAAAUUUUAGUCUUCCCCAGCCCUCGAGGCAGUGUGUGUGGAUGUAUGCGUGUGGAUAUUUAUAUUUUUUUCCUGCACUCAUGAAUGUAUGAACUGGAGGAAGUUACUACAGUGGAGGUUUUUUUAAUAACAAGGUCUACCUAGCAUGAAGUAUUUAACAUUCUCCCACCCCUUUUUUUAUAUACAUUUUUAUAAAAUGAAAACCAUAAUAAAUGUUUUGAAUAUUAAAAAAAGAAAUAACCUACAGAGGAAAAUUAAUGGAGAAAGCUAUUUGCCUUGUACUUUUUCCACAACUGUUGCUGCUAGUUGUACACAUCUCUAGUUCAGCUCUUGCUUUUUUUACACUCAUCAAUUAGGUUUUAUUUUUAUUUCUCUCCUCUACCCCCAGAAACAAGCCUGUUAAUUUUUUUCCCUUCUCCUCUGGCGACUGUGUGAUGAAUCCUUUCUUGCGUGAUCAGGUUGCGGAUAGACUUGUAAGGGUGUUUGCUGCAUACAGUUUUUUUAUUGUGACCGCCAAUAAACUUCAAUGGUUUCUACUGA